CACUUUUAUGUUUUUUAGACGUAGUUAAUAUACCAAAAUAAAAAAUAACCAUCCGUAAUAAUAAAAUCUUGUUACAUUUUUGACAUUGAUUAAGUAUAAUUUAUUGUUUACCCAGAUUAUAGGAAAUAUUUUUUAAAUAAAUAAACAUAAUUUGUUAUACUUUAUUUUAGGAAAAUGCAUUAAUUAAAUUAUAAAAGACAAGAAUACUAAAAAGUAGGUAAAUUUAUUACUUCAGUGACAUUCAAAUGUAAAUAACUUUGAAAACUAGGGGGCAAUUUAUAUUGGUACUUCUCUUUUAAUAAUAGAGAUCGUGGACUCGGGUUUUAUCAUUUUAGGUCUUGUGUCUGAAAUAUAUCUGUAUCUUCUUAGUAUUUUGUUUUGCUUGGUGAUUGUUGGUUGUUUUAGAUCCGGGGCAGAUACAGAUUCAACAAUGGACAUGUCUGGUGAUACGAAAUCAUUAGAUAGUAAACGUCAGUUAAGGUCCACAGAAGACAACAUGACUACAAAAUUGUUGAAUCCAUGAGAUGAACACAACAAACACAUUAACAUUUCUGAAACUAAGAGUUUCUUCGCUAGCAACUUUUUAAUAGAUCUGUACCCUAUUUUUACUCAGAUUGCUAAAAAAUUAAAGAUCUAAGGGUAUCUCCAACCCCACUCUAUUUUCUUCUCUAAAAUAAAGUUUAGAAUAAAAAUGUUCGAAUGAUACUCUAUUAUCUAUUCUAUAAUAGUGUAAACCUAUUUUUUACUUUAUAUAUAUAGUAUUUUUUUUAUUUUUUGUUCAUUAUUCUAUUUUUCACUCUAAAAUAGAGUAUCAUUAAAGCAACAUCAAUUUCUAUUAUAGAAAUAGAAUUACUCUAUUUUAGAGGAAAAAAUAGAGUAAACCAUUGGAGAUGGUCUAAUAACAAAAAUAUAUCCUUGUUUUGAUAUCUUGUUCUAUCAUUCGUGGCAACAUUCGUGUCUUCUACUAAUUUCCCACCAUGAAUUAAAUCGAGUUAUACUUAUGGUGACGACUCUUCCCUUGACGCGUAAAAAAAUACUGACUUUUCUACACAUUCUCCACACUAUAAAUUGACUUGGUUUCUCAUAAACUCAAAGACACCUUAAACCAAAGCUAAACUGUUUGGAAGAAACAAUUACGGAGCCAUGUUCGUGAAGCUCCUCACCAUUGUCUUCUUCUUCUUUAGUCUACUUUCUCAACUUCCAAAAUCAUCUUCCCAAGUUCUUAACUUCACUUACAAUGGCUUCACUCCUCCACUGACUGACAUAUCCCUCCAAGGGAUCACCACAGUCACCCCGAACGGUCUCUUGAUGCUAACCAACUACACAGAGCAGAGAACGGGUCACGCCUUCUAUACAAAACCAAUCCGGUUCAAAGAUUCUCCAAACGGCACCGUUUCUUCCUUCUCCACAACAUUCGUCUUCGCUAUUCAUUCUCAAAUCCCGAUAUUUAGUGGCUACGGCAUGGCUUUCGUCGUUGCUCCUAACGCAAGCCUCCCUGACGCAACAGCAAGUCAAUACCUGGGUCUCUUCAACAUCUUAACCAACGGUAAUGACACAAAUCAUGUCUUUGCUGUCGAGCUGGAUACCAUCGGGAGUACCGAGUUCAAUGAUACGGACGAUAACCACGUCGGAAUAGAUAUCAAUAGCAUGAAGUCAGUGAAUAGUUCGUAUGCUGGGUACUGGAACGAAUCAGGUCAGUAUAAUAUUCUGAACUUGAUAAGUCGUAAGCCAAUGCAGGUUUGGGUCGAUUACGAUGACCUUACACAUCAGAUCGAUGUAACCAUGGCCCCUUUCAAACAUGAUAAACCUAAAACGCCGCUUGUUUCUACUAUCAAAGAUCUAUCUUCGGUUCUUUUGCAAGAUAUGUUCGUAGGUUUCUCAUCUGCUACGGAUUAUGUUUCUGAACAUUAUGUUCUCGGAUGGAGUUUCCGGGUGAAGGGGAAAGCUCCGCCGUUGACCUUAUCAAAACUUCCAAAACUUCCGAGGUGGGAGCCCAAGAGAAUCUACAUCAUCUAUAUUUGGAUGCUGUAUCUUUCCAUAUUUUUUAUUCCCCUCUUAUUCAUUUCCAUGCUCAUCUUACUCGUACGCUUCAUCAUAAGGAGGAGGAGAAAGUUCGAGGAGGAACUCGAAGAUUGGGAAACAAGGUUUGGGAAGCACCGAUUGAAGUACAAGGACUUGUACCAUGCCACCAAAGGGUUCAAGGAGAAGGACCUUCUCGGAUCAGGUGGGUUUGGAAGCGUUUACAGAGGUGUCAUGCCUAAGACAAAGAAAGAGAUUGCUGUGAAAAGGGUCUCCAACAAAUCCCGACAAGGGUUGAAAGAGUUUGUGACUGAGGUCGUGAGCAUCGGCCGGAUGAGCCAUCGAAACUUAGUCCCUCUCAUAGGUUAUUGCCGCAGGAGGGACGAGCUUCUUCUAGUGUACGAUUACAUGCCCAAUGGAAGCUUAGACAAGUAUCUGCACAAUAGUCCGGAGGUAACCCUCGACUGGAAACAGAGGAUUAAAGUCAUUAACGGCGUGGCCUCCGCCUUAUUCUACCUUCACGAGGAAUGGGAACAAGUGGUGAUUCACCGCGAUGUCAAAGCAAGCAACGUCUUGUUAGACGCGAACCACAACGCGAGACUCGGAGAUUUUGGUUUAGCUCGAUUGUGCAGUCAUGGUUCGGACCCUCAAACCACCCGAGUCGCUGGAACAUGGGGAUACCUAUCCCCUGAUCACAUCAGGACAGGACGGGCCACUACUGCUACCGAUGUUUUUGCCUUUGGGGUGCUACUACUAGAAGUAGCUUGCGGUAGACGUCCUAUCCAGAUUCAGAACGAGGGUGGUGAGAGGGGCUUGCUCUUGGAUUGGGUUUUUGAGUUUUGGAGUGACGGAAACAUUUUGGAUGCUAAGGAUCCGAAUCUAGGGACGGAAUGUGAUCAAAGAGAAGUCGAAAUGAUUUUGAAACUAGGUUUGUUGUGCUCUCACUCCAACCCACAAGCUCGACCAAGUAUGAGACAAGUGUUAAAUUAUCUAAGCGGAGAUGACGUGCUACCAGAUUUGUCACCAUUGGAAUUUCGUGGGCUGGGAAUCCACCAUGGAAUUGGUGAGCUAGACAUGUUUACAUGUGGAUCUUCCAUGGUUGAUUCUAUAGUCUCUGGUAGGAGGUGAUUUUGAAUAUCAGAAUGCUUGUGUACAUAUGUCUUACAUUACAGACUGUAGAAAAGGACUAUCCAAACCGUGUUGUAUCUUUACGUGAAAUAAAUGAAACUUUAUGAACGUAGGAGACCAGUUUACUCUUGCAUUAUAUGCGUAUGUUGAAUGAGUGUUAAAUGGGAUAAAUCUAUGUUCAAGGGCACAUAUCUAAAUAGACACUUUUUAUAUUGGUACAAAUCGUCUAUUUAUUAAGAGAGACUGUUAAAAACUGGGGAAAUCGGCUAAUUCCUACAUCAACAAAGGCCAACGGUCCCGAUCAAUACAUAAACAUGUUACCUGUGCGAAAACAUACAUCAACUAGUACAAAAUUUAAUUUUCAUAUGCGAACUUUCAAAAUUUGGUCUUAUCAUACAUUGACCUAAUUUCCGUUAGUCAAACAUUGAGUUGUCGUUAACCAGUAGCAGAAAAUCGGCUAAUUCCUACAUCAACAGGGACCAAUGGUCCAGAUCAAUACAUAAACACUUCACCUGUGCAAAAACAUACAUCAACUAAUACAAAAUUUAAAUUCAAUACAUGAACUUUCGAAAUAUGGUUUAAACAUACACUAAAGCUUGACAUGUGCGUCCGCGCGGAUAUUUGUUGUUAACUUUUUUUAUAAAUUGUUUAAUGACAUUCCUAAAUAUAUAAACUUUUGUUCAUUGUUAUGUUCCUACACAUAAAAACCAAACUCACCCGGAUCUGAAAAGACCCUAUUCGAAUCCCACCCGAAAAUUUAUAAUACCCAAACAAAGAAUAAUUUCAAAACAAAAAAAAAAAUCGAUAUCCGAAAGAACCAAUCCAUACCCAACCAUAUACCUGAUAUCCAUACCUUAAUGAAGUAGUUAAGAAGUACAAAAAAUGUAAAAAAUAUAA